GGGGGAGCUACUAGAAUAUGAGUCCGGUGCUGUUGCGAGAUUUCAUUGGAGUUCCUAGCUGCCCGCCCAGGUAAUGCUGCUUUUCCGGCCGCCACUUGGCACCGCUGGCAGAGGUGCCACAGGGUGCCUCAGGGUGCCUCGGCUUAAUGCCUGGAAAUUCGGCGCGGCACGGCGCACCCCAGUUCCGCCUACAGUUGACAUCAUGGCGGCCUAAUAUGCACCCUGGAAAGAGGAGGUUAGGUUGGAGCCAAUAGACCCCGUGAACAACCACCAGCCUGCCUUGGCCUUCACCGACACACAUGCUGCGGUACUACCUCUUUUCCCCUUCAUACGAGAUGUCUGCUUCCUAGUACGACAUCAUACCUCCAUUACAACAAACUCGAGAGACGUCUUCUGUCGCCUCCCGUUCUGCAUAAAGACCAGCCGUCCCAACCGCACGCAAACCCCCGCCCAGCAUGGCGAGCUUCGGCGCUCAAACCAGCUCGCUUGCGAACGGCCCGGGUACCACCGCCACUUCCACUGCCAUGCAUCCUCUCUCUUCCCUCGCCCUGCUGGGCACCUACGCCGCGCAGAUAGUACUUGGCCGCCCUAAUUCCCACCAGACUGCGGCGCGGUCAGUGAGCGAUGUAGACGCCUUCAUCGCAGAGCAGCGGCCCAUAGCCAUGAGCGGCCUGCUCCGAAAUAUCGGGCCCGACGGAGCGUACGCCCCCGGCGUUGCUCCCGGCGUCGUGGUCGCUUCACCGACCACCGUCAACCCUGACUACUACUACACCUGGACAAGAGACAGCGCUCUCGUCUUCAAGUGUCUCGGAGACAUACUAUCCACCGAGUACGACCCGAGCCUGCAGCACUUAAUCGAGUACUACAUCACGACCCAGGCUCGGCUCCAGGGAGUUGACAACCCUGCUGGGUCCCUGACCGAUGGGGCCGGCCUUGGAGAGGCCAAGUUCAAUGUCAAUCUGCGGCCGUACAAGGGUAGCUGGGGCCGGCCGCAAAGGGACGGACCGGCCCUCAGGGCCAUCGCCAUGAUGGGCUAUGCAAACUGGCUUCUGACCAACGGCUACACCUCUACCAUCCGCGACAUACUGUGGCCAGUGAUACGCAAUGAUAUUGCUUACGUUUCCCAGUAUUGGAAUCAAACCGGGUUCGAUCUCUGGGAGGAGGUUCAUGGCAGCUCGUUUUUCACCGUCGCCAGCCAGCAUCGAGCCCUGGUUGAGGGGAGUACCCUGGCAAAGGCACUUGGCACAUCAUGUGCCUCGUGUGAUCGAGUUGCGCCGCAGAUUCUCUGUUUUCUUCAGAGCUUCUGGUCACCCUCCGGCAACUAUGUGGUCUCCAACAUCCACACCGACGUCAAGCGGACUGGCCUAGACGCCAACAGUCUGCUUGUGUCUAUCCACAACUUCGACCCCGCUGCCGGCUGCGACGACCUCACGCUACAGCCAUGCAGCAGCAGGUCUCUGGCAAACCACAAGGCCGUCGUGGACUCCUUCCGCUUCUAUGCCAUCAACUCGGGGAUCCCGGCUGGGCAGGGCAUCGCGGUUGGCAGAUACUCCGAGGACGUGUACUACGAUGGAAACCCUUGGUACCUCGCGACCCUCGCCGCUGCCGAGCUCCUGUACGAUUCCGUCUACACCUGGAAACUUUACGGAGCGAUCAACGUCACGGAAACCUCCCUCCCCUUCUUCCAGGACCUAUCCUCAUCGGUGAAGACCGGAUCAUACACAUCGGGUUCCGCAACCUUCACAGAGCUGGUCGACGCGGUGCGGGUGUACGCGGACGGGUUUGUAGGUGUCGCGGCCAAGUAUACCCCCUCGAACGGGUCGAUGGCCGAGCAGUUUCACAAGAACGACGGCCACCCACUGUCGGCUGGCGACUUGACUUGGAGCUAUGCCUCGUUCUUGACCGCAACCGACAGGCGAGCCGGCAUCGUGCCGGCCUCCUGGUGGAUGGGCGGCGGGGGUCUCCCGGCGUCGUGCGGCACCGACUCGGAGCCCGGGACCUACUCUUCGGUCUCCCCGCCGCCGUUCCCGCCCUCCCAGACGCCCAUCACCGGCGCUCCUCCCACUCCGACGACCACCGCAUCCACCACCGCGACCGGCUGUGUGGUGCCCGUGGUGGUGGACGUGACCUUCAACGUGCUAGUCACGACGGUCCCGGGCGAGACCAUCAAGGUGGUCGGAGACAUCGAGGACCUCGGCAAAUGGAACCCCGAGAACGCCACCCCGCUAGACGCGUCCGCCUACACGUCCAGCAACCCGCUAUGGAAGACUGACGUCACACUAAAGGGCGGACAUGUGGUCAAGUACAAAUACGUCAAGGUUCAGAGCAACGGGAGUGUCAGCUGGGAGGCGGAUCCGGACCGCACCUACACCGUUCCUCACUCUUGCGCCACGGAAGCGGCCAUUUCCGACAGGUGGCAGUAGGAGCAGUAUUGUUUCGCCCGCCCGCUGCCCUUGAUUCUUGAAGGCGCAAGGAAGUCUCACAGUAGUUUGUAAUUAUCGUAAUGCUCAAGGCGCGCACUUUUGGGUGCAGCAGAAUCACGCAGGAGACGCCCAGAUUGUCACGGCUUGAAUAGUUUAUACUUCGGUUUU